CACCUUACCUUACAUGCAACCUCCAUCCUGCCAGUGCGAGUAACUUAUCGUAUGGCCGAAACACACAUCUCUAUUGCGUUAGGGAUUACUAUCGGCUUACUUGCCUCCUUCGUGCAAUCAUUAGGCCUCACGAUACAACGCAAAAGCCAUGUUUUAAACGGUCAACUUCCAGAACAUGAACAACGCUUGGAGCAUCGACGACCCCUCUGGCUUCUCGGAUUUGCCAUCUUUAUAUCGUCCAAUAUUCUGGGUUCUUUGGUACAAAUCGCAUCCUUACCUGUCGUUAUAUUGGCACCUCUUGGUGCCGUAUCCCUUCUUUGGAAUGCUUUUUUUUCUCGGAUUCUCCUGGGUGAUGUUUUCUCGGUAUGGAUGGUGGUCGGUACUCUUUUGAUUGCUGGAGGGGCCGUCCUCAUAGCCGAAUUUGGAAUGGUACCGGAACCCACACGAUCACUGCAAAACUUAUUGGAUCUAUUUCGGCGACCGACUUUCGUUAUCUACUUUUCCCUCCUUGGUGUUGUCGUUGCAAUCAGCCUAGCCAUUACGCACCUCACCGAAUACCGACUUUAUAAAUUGUUUUCCCAUGUUACAGAACCGUCCACCCCACGCACUCCUCCAACUCACCUUUCUAACCCUUCAAAUCUCACUACAGGCGUGACCCAGACUGUUGAAGAUGUCAUAUCUUCAGAGCGCACUCCCCUUCUUCCCAAAUCGACGGAAGUCGCGUCACGCGCACCGUCCUUUGCGUCUACAAGGAGCCUGAAAGACGGUGCAUACUCUCCAAAUUUUCAUCGCACUAGGCUAUUACUAGCGAUAUCCUAUGCUUCAUUCUCUGGUAUUCUAUCAGGAAUGUGCUUGUUAUUCGCCAAGAGUGGCGUUGAGCUGCUACUUUUGACCAUACAAGGCGAUAAUCAAUUUUGGAGAUGGGAAUCUUGGGUACUUGUUCUAGGACUUGUGGUGUUUGCACUACUUCAGUUGUGGUAUCUCCAUAAAGCGUUGAUAUUGGCAGAUCCAACACUAGUGUGUCCUUCGGCUUUCUGUUUCUACAAUCUCUCGUCCAUCGUGAAUGGCUUGGUCUACUUUGAUCAGUUUUCCCUCAUCGCCCCUUUGUAUCUUUGCCUCGUCGCGUUAGGAAUAGUCAUACUUCUGGCAGGAGUUUGGGUUGUCAGCAUACACGCAGGGGGAGGGGCGGUGGAUCUGUCAUGGAACAAUUCCACUGAACUUGUCUCGGACAUUGAAGAUAGUACCAGUCCGAUUGACAUUGAAGUAGGCGAGUCAAGUCACUGGACACCGACCCAUCAGGACCCCAAUGGUGAGGAUGGGGGCUCCACAGAAGAGUGGGGGACGAUGUCCGAGCCACUUUUGAAUUCCAACGCUUCUACCCCGGACAUCCUCGCGACCCCAAGAACAAUAUCCCACACAUCUCCAACAUUUGGACCCGGAUCUAAUUCGAAACAUACACGGUCACGGACAAAUACAAUGCAUCGACGAAGGCCAACAUUGGAACCGUCGUAUACCCAAUCCUCCACGUACAGACACAACCGUAUUUCCUACUUUAAUUCUUCUAAUACACGAGGGCCAUCACUGUCUCCUCCACUCCCGAGUGUUUCUGCCUUGGCCGGGGCAGGAUUUCAGAUCGGACUGUCACCUGUCAGUCCGGGUUUCGUCAUCGUUCCAAAAGAAAGGCGAAGGAGGAGCAGUAACUUGAGUACAGGUGUUGGGUCCACUCUCAACGGUGAUGAUAGCGUUCUCAGUCCAGGGAUUGGCAUCGGGCACCCCCGGCAGAGACGGUCCUGUGAUGACACGGACGCAAGACGGAGGACUGUUAGCGAAGGAGAUAUGAUCAGGAGGGCCGCGGUUGCUCCUUCGAUGCAAAAUCGGACAGAAGAUCUCUCUGUGCCCCAGUCUUUGGAUACCAAUAAUGAUGAACGGCCGGCCUCAGGGAGUGCGGAAGGAAGAGGUGCUAGAGCGUGGAAAUGGUUUGGAAAAACCGGAAAGAGAUAAAGAGAGUAGCUAGGGCCUCGUAAUUUUUGUAUUGCAGGUCAUGAUGUUGUCCUGAUAUGAGAGAUGUCGUCAGUAGGUAGAUGAACGGAUUUUUAGGGCUUAGAUUUCAUUUAUGUUCAUCCAUAUGGAUGAUAUAUUGAAGAAGCGCUCACACUUGAGGUGGGAAAUCG